CUUAUUACCAAAGUUUCUAUAAGAUCUUCACAUCGCUUUGCUUUGGUACCAUAGAAUAUUAUAUUAGGAGCGGUGCCUACGACAAAGCAAGGAAUUUUGCCUACUUCCGGUAGCAGUGACGGGUUUGGAACGCAUUUUUUUAUCAACACAAGGCCACGUGGCAAACAAUUUGGUAAAUAACAAUUUGCAUUGGCCCUUUUGUCGUGAAUUUAGCACAAUUGAGGUGAUAAACUGGCAGAAAUGACUGAGAGGGCAGAAAUGACCAAAAGUAAAAAAAGAAAACGAGGCCCGUAUAAGAAACAUGAAUUUGACGAAACUCUGACUCCAAGAACAACUUUAUGGAGAAAAAUGAGAGAAAGUGCCGAUGAAGCAAGCAAGCAGUCUUCCGUGCAGUCGAACGCCAGUGAUGAAACAAAUCCCAUUCACGGAAGACAACCCGAUUGCAACGAAGAGUAUGGACACAGCGAUAAUGAUGAAGCAAAGGACCCAAAGAGCCCUGUAUCUGAAGAUGAUAUGCAGGUAGACGAUUAUGAAAAUGAAGAUGCAAUGAAAGCAGAGGGAAAGUUUGCUGAUGACGAAGAAAGCUCAUCAGAGAUUGAAGAAUGUGAUGAAGAGAUGAAGAACCAUGAUAUUGAUGAUACAGAGGACAAUUUCCAGAACUUUGCAGAGAAAUCACCCCCAUUGUACAGUGGAGCUAGAAUUACGGAACUAGUCAGUGUGGUUUUGAUAAUGAGCUUCAUAAUAAGACAUCAGCUGACUGGGGAAGCAUUGAAAGAUUUAUUGGUCUUAAUUGAACUUCAUUGCAUAACUCCAAAUUUGUGCAGAACUAGUUUGAAAAUGUUCAACAACUUCUUCAAAAGUAUGUCAUCACCUGUGCAGAUGCACUACUUCUGUAGUUUUUGUAACACUUACCAUGGGAAAGCAAGUCAGCCAACCUGCCAGAAAUGCCAGAAAAAUCAACAGUCAUCCUUCAUAUACAUUCCAGUCAUAGGUCAAUUACAGUCACUAUUUUCAGGUUUAAAGAAGUCAGACUUACUUCAUGGAGGAAGGGUUAAGGAUAAUCCAUCAGCAAUUGAAGAUAUCUUUGAUGGGAAAACGUACAAAGACAUCUUUGAGGAUGACUUCUUCAAGGGAACACAUAAAGGAAGAAAAGAGAAAGAAAUUCACAUUUCUCUACAACUCAACACAGAUGGAGUAGCUCUUUUCAGAUCUUCAAAUUACAGUGUUUGGCCCCUGUAUUUAACAGUAAAUGAACUGAACCCAAAGUUAAGGUACUCCGCUGAAUGCAGACUGUUUGCUGGACUCUGGUAUGGCAUCAACAAACCUACAAUGUCAAUCUUUCUGCAGCCUCUUGUUGAAGAACUGAAGUCCUUGUAUGAAACAGGUACUGAUGUUGUCCUGGAGGGCAGUUCACUUCUUUUGCGAGCAGUUCUUCAUAGUGUUGUGUGUGAUGCUCCUGCAAGAUGCCUAGUUCAAAACUUUGUACAGUUUAAUGGAUAUUUUGGAUGUGGAACCUGUUUGUCCAAAGGAAAAUCUGUGAAAACUGGAGAACGUGGAUCUAUGAUGUCCUAUCCAUUUGACAUAUCAGAAGCUGGUAAUCUCACUGGUGUCUCUACGCCUCGCACGCAUACCCAGUGUCUGACUGACGCAAGGAGAGCAGAAGAAGACGGAUCAAGUCGAAAUGGUGUCAAAGGCUUCUCCCCUUUGUACAAGUUGCCCUUUUUUGAUAUGAUAAGAUGUGUUACUGUGGAUUAUAUGCAUUGUGUUCUUCUUGGCGUGCAGAAGAAAUUCUUACAUCUGUGGACUGACAAUGCAAACAAACAUGAAAAAUUUUACAUUGGAAACUUCACGUCAAUACUUAAUGACAGGUUACGAAGACUCUCUCCGCCAAAUCUUAUUACAAGAAUGCCGAGGUGCAUUGAAGAUUUGAAGAAUUGGAAGGCCUCAGAGUUCAGGUCCUCUCUUUUAUUUUAUUCUGUUUGUUGCUUGUAUCAGAUUUUACCCGAUGAAUAUUUCUCACAUUAUCUCCUUUUGGUUGAAAGUAUAUUUAUUCUUUUACAGAGGUCAAUUUCGCAAAAUGAGCUUUCAAGAGCUAAGGUGCUUAUUGCCAAGUUUUGUGCAUCAGUUGAUUUCUUAUAUUCAGAAAGGAACAUGACAUCCAAUAUGCAUGCACUCCUCCACCUAACUCAGAAAGUUGAAGAUCUUGGACCCUUAUGGUGUCACUCUUGCUUUUUCUAUGAAGAUUUAAAUGGGGACUUGCGAUCGCUGUUUCAUGGUACACAGAAAGUAGAACUUCAAAUUUCAAUGGCUGUAGUAAUACAUCAGAAGCUACCACGUUUAUGUGCCCUUAUUCCAAAAUUCUCUGAAGCUGAAUAUAUCUAUCUCUCCUUUAAGGGAAAACAUCACAGAAAGAACCUCACUUUGAUUAAGGAUAACAUGUUUGCUGUCGACCCAAUUAAGCCUUGUAACUUGUCUGUCGAAAUACAAAAUUUGGUUGAGGAAUUUAUGAAUGCACCAGUAACAAGGUCAGCACAGUUUUACCGCUACUGGUGCAAUGGUUUUAUGUUUCAUUCAAAAAUGUACAAAAAUGUAACAAGGAGAAACAGCUACUCAGUUGAGUAUAUUGGAACUGAUCAGAAACGUUACCUUGGUCAGAUUCAAUAUUACCUUGUUUUAUUUACUGAGAAGAGUGCUAUGUAUUGUGCUUUAAUCAAAAGGUUUAUCAAGAAACGUAAGUGUCAUUUGCGUGUACCAGCUCAUUUUGUUGAAGUUGAAACUGGAACCUUGUUUGAUCUCAUACCUGUUGAGAAUAUUAAGAAUAUGUGUGUGUAUAUGGAUCAGGGUAGUGUGAAAUUUGUAGCACUAAUGCCAAAUGUAAGAGAAAAAGAUUAGAUUUUGUUUUCAUCCUGUGAUAGAAGUUAUGAUGCAUUUUUGUACAUACAUGUACAUGUAUUUAUGAAACAAAAGGAGUUUGUUCAUUGUAAUAUUGUAAGACAUGUGUAUGCAUUCUGUUACACUCUGUAUUGCCUUCUGUUCUAUGUACUUUUGUGUAAAUAUGUACUUGAAUCCUUUCAAAUUACUUUAUGUAAACAU